AUGGCCUCCCCACGCCUGGGCAUCUUCUGCUGCCCCACGAGGGAUGCAGCCACGCAGCUGGUGCUGAGCUUCCAACCGCAGGUGUUUCACGCGCUGUGUCUGGGCAGUGGCGCUCUCCGCUUGGUGCUGGGCCUCCUGCAAUUCCUGCCGGGGCGCAGAUCUGUGGGUCACACGGGGCCUGCGACGUCCCCACCGGCCUCAGUGCGCAUCCUCCGCGCUGCCACCGCCUGCGACUUUCUGGGCUGCCUGGGAAUUGUUAUCAGGUCCACGGUAUGGGUAGCCUACCCAGAUUUCAUUGAAAAUGUCUCCAGUGUGAAUGGAACUGACAUGUGGCCUGCUGCUUUCUGUGUGGGGAGUGCAAUGUGGGUCCAGCUGUUGUACGGCGCCUGCCUCUGGUGGCUCUUCUGCUAUGCAGUCGAUGUGUACCUGGUGAUCAGGAGAUCAGCGGGACUGAGCACCAUGAUGCUCUACCACAUCAUGGCCUGGGGCCUGGCUGUGCUGCUCUGCGUGGAGGGGGCGGUCAUGCUCUACUACCCGUCCGUGUCCAGGUGUGAGAGAGGCCUGGACCAUGCCAUCCCCCAUUAUGUCACCACGUACCUGCCGCUAAUGCUUGUCCUUGUGGCCAACCCUAUCCUGUUUCACAAGACAGUGACUGCAGUGGCCUCUUUACUGAAAGGAAGAAAAGGUGUUUACACGGAGAAUGAGAGGCUGAUGGGAGCCGUGAUCAAGAGCCGGUUUUUCAAAAUAAUGCUGGUGUUGAUUGCAUGUUGGUCAUCCAAUAUCAUCAACGAAAGUCUUUUGUUCUACCUUGAAAUGCAACCAGAUAUCCACGGAGACUCUCUGAAACGCAUCCAGAAUGCAGCCAGGACCACAUGGUUUAUCAUGGGAAUACUGAAUCCGGCCCAAGGACUUCUCCUGUCUCUGGCCUUCUAUGGCUGGACAGGAUGCAACCUGGAUGCCCAUCCUCCCAAAAUGGUGAUGCAGUGGGAAGCAAUGACUGCGUCUGCUGAGGAUAUGCACCAGUCCCCUGUGGGUUCCCGCGUGCCUCAUGGAAACCCCAAGAAAGUGGCUUGUGCUGGGGGACACACUUCUGAUGAGGUGAUGAGCGUUCUGUCUGAAGGUGUUGCCCUGGACUGUCACUCAGAGACCGGAAGUGUUCGAAGUUUUUAAAAAUGAAUGAAGGUCCAAUGGGAAAAUAAAAAAGACCAUUUUUCUAGUU